AUGGAGGUUUGGAACGUCACUAUUCAGGAUGGUUCGGAUGAGGCGGAUUGUCGAUCGGUUAUCCUGAUAACGGCGCCUAAUGCCAUCGAUACGAAUGUCCAUGCAGUACUACUGCACAACGUGGUUUCUCACGGAGAAAUUAUGGUUUUGGAAAAGUGCCGAUCCGACGAAUGGUUCUCAUCUGUAUCGCUAACGACCGCGCCCGUCACAUUCGAGGCUUUCAACGAGCUGAAAACGUUGCCUCGCGCGCAACCCGAGUCGCAGACACAGCCUCCACUCCAACCCCAACAGACCCAGCAGACUAACCCUGCUCUCUGGUUAGGUCCUCUAACGGGUAACCCUGCGGCCGGUACCCCCAAUCCACUUUUCACCGUCUUUCCGGAAGUCGAGGCGACCACAAUCACUUCAGUCAUCCAACACGAGCUCCGAUGCUCUGACCUGUACAAACUUGACCCGCGGUAUCGCGAUAAGGCAGAAUGGAUGACGUUGGAGCUGGAUGAUACUACUCACGAACUCUCAGACGACGACGCAUCCUUCAAGGAGUAUAAGAGGCUCAGCUCCAUCAUUGUGCCUCUGUCCACCUAUUUCUCCAUUCUUGUCGCGCACUGCCAGCCGACAACGACUUCCGCCUUACUUGCAAUACAGCUCUUCCGCUACAUUGCUCAUCUAACGAAAAUCGCUUCCGAAUAUGAAUGGCAUGCCGUCGUCUCAUAUCAUAUAGCAUUCUUGGCUAGGCGGCAACGCGAGAUGAUUGACGGCGACUACGGAGGAUGGGGGCAUAUCGACCUCGAGCUUCGGGGUGAACACCUCUUUCCUAAUAGGAAGGCCGAGGCCUCUUCUCUUACAGCAAAUACAACACUUCUCGACCGACCAUUUUAGGAGACUGGCUAUCGUAUGGUGCAUAUUUCACAUUCAAUAUUCACAGCCACAAAAAUCUUCCUCUUGGCAUUGCUUACUGG